GUAGUUGCUUGAAGCAGCCAGUUUGCUUUAGUUAUUAGCCUCCUGAUGAUUCAAGGUCGCCAAACUGGUAAGAAAGGGAGUGUCUGUCACACGAAUUGAGUCCUUGUCAGACGAGAAACUGUUGAAAGACAUUUCUUCCAGCAAGUACAAACUAAUUUAUACGUCUCCAGAAGCGAUCACAUCAAGUUUUUGGCGAAACGCAUUGUCUAGGCAAUUGAAGACAGCAAUCUCCUUCAUUGCUAUUGAUGAAGUACAUCUGAUCGAAGAGUGGGGGUCUACAUUUAGACCUUCUUACAAGGAACUAAGUUUUAUUCGUUCUUGCCUGCCUACUGUCCCUAUUAUGGCUCUCUCAGCAACAGCUCCACUUUUCCUUAUUACUUCUGUAACCCAACAUCUGAAUAUGCCUGACUAUGUUCUAGUAUCUGGAUCUCUAAAUCGUCCAAACUUAUAUUUUUCUUUGGAUUCAUCCACCUCUAUUUCGUCAGUCUUCCACUUGUUAGCUUCUAUGUUGUCCUCUGUAAAGUAUUCUAAAGAUAUUCCAAAAACUCUUAUAUUUUGCAGAUCAAAGGAUGUUUUGUAUAAAGUGUAUAUUCAUCUUGUGUACAGCUGCAGUAGUAUAACCAGGGGUACAGUAGGACAAUACCAUGCCACAAUGACACUUGAGGGGCGAUCUCAACACUAUGGAGAAUUCAAGUGUGGCAAGCAGCGAGUCAUGGUAGCUACUAGUGCAUUUGGCCUUGGCGUGGACAUUGAUGACAUCAGUGAAGUUAUUCUAUUCGGUUUGCCAGACAGUGGAUCUGAGCUUGUGCAGCUUGCUGGACGUGGAGGGAGAGAUCCACUAAGGUUGUGCCUUGUUCGGUUUGUGGCACACUCUCAGGACCGUAGGCUGUCAGUGUGCAACAACGAAAUUGUGACUCUUGCCUCAAAUAAGGUCUGUUUGAGAAGAGUUCUUGUUUACAAGAUUUUGCAGUCAGAUGAGCCAUUACCUGAUAGUGAUUUGUGCUGUUCCUUCUGCAAUGCAUCUGAUGAGCGACCUCAUAUUUUUCAGCCAGAGGUGGAUUGCACCUUACCACUUCCUCGUAUUCCAUGCAGAUCUGCACCGUUGAGAUCACGUCGUGUUGUUGCUGGUCAGAGAGGUGCUUUGAGGAAAGCACUACUUGAACUUAGAAGGACGGCAGGUGGCACAAGAUACAGAAUGAGAGGACUAGAUGGGGUCUUAUCCAUGUUAGUGAUUGAUAAACUAGUAAAAAAAUGUAAUAAGAUUCGAUCAGAAAAUGAUGUUAGGUCACUAGGAGUUGUAAGGGACUUCAGUUUAGCAGUUUUAAAGUUAAUUGAGUUUCACAUUCCUUGCACUAUAGCCAAUAUUAGUAGUGAUGGUACAAGGAGCACUUCAGCUUGUAGACAUGUUUUAGGAGAGAUUACAAAUCACUAGUAACUCACUUUAGGCUAUGUUUCUCAAUACAAGUAGUUACGAUAUUAUGUACAUGUGUCUAUUUCUGUCAUAGCUGUAUGUCAUCAAGAAAAUCAAUUUCU